CUCCUCGAGCCUCUCAGGAUGGUCUCACACUUCACCUCGYGGUUCCACACAGCUCUCGUGUUGUUGUGUUUUACGUUGAGCAGAACUGACAUUUCCUGCAGGAAUGAAGCUGGUGAACCUGUUGAUUGGUUCAUCAUCUACAAACUGCCCAAGUACAGGAUUGGCGAGGUUGGCAGUGGGGUGGAGUACAUGUACCUGGACCCAUCGGUUGGAAGCUGGCAGAUGAGUAAAUUCACAGUAAACAGCAGCCAAGGAGCUCUGGGAAACACGCUGAGUCAGCUGUAUUCGGGGAAGACCUACAUGUCUAACAACUCCAUCUACGCACUCUACAAUGAUGGACCACCAGUCCUGAAAUACACCCGAGGCUAUGGACACACUAAAGGGACUCUGCUCUUUGACCGCUCUCAGGGCUUUUGGCUGUCGCACAGCAUUCCACAUUUCCCCUCGUUCCCCGAGAGGGGCUACCUCUACCCCUCCUCUGGCAAAGUGCACGGCCAGACUGCCCUGUGUGUCACCUACGGGUACUCACAGCUGCUCUAUAUAGCAAAGCAGCUGGCCAACAUUUACCCACGUUUCUACAACUGUUCGGUCCCCCCAUCGUUCUCAGCCGACCUGCCGCAGCUUGUCCAGCUGUGUGGGGGCUCCAAGCCUCCACUGACCUCCACCCGGAGUAUGGAGCCUCUGUUUUCUGCACAAGGAGAAAAGUUUAUCAGCUUUGUGAAAUCUGAGGACUAUGUAGAUGACAUCUACACAGGCUGGGUGGCUCAGGUCCUGGACACAGACCUCCUGGUGGAGUCCUGGCAGACUCAAGGCCAUGAGCUGCCGUCCAACUGCUCACUGCCCAAACACRCCAUGAACAUCAAGAGGAUCAAGCUCCUGGCGUCAGUCCACUUCCAGUCUCAUUACGACCACUCAAAGUGGUGCGUUUCACGACUCUACGAGGACCAGGUGACCUGCGUGGGAGACCUGAACAGGGAGAGGGCUCAGGUGUGGCGAGGCGGGGGGUUGAUCUGCACCUACAACCCUGUGAUUUACAAAGCCUUCAGACAGGUGGUGGAUUGGUACAUUAGCUGCUAGAMAAACRUAAUGAUUGGGGUUURUWUGUGAUUUUUGUGGACAAAUUGYAAAKAUYGAAUUUGUUGUUGUUACAACUGACAGAAAAUCAAAUGACAAGUUUUAACAUUUGGAAUGAGCACGCUGGCUUCUGUGACAGCUAUUUCAUCAUUUCCCUCCUGAUUURAAGACAUUGUGGCAACUUUAGAUCCUUGAAAGUCUAAAACGGUUAUUGAAUCUUUUAUAGAACCCAACACACAAAUCUUUGCACACAACUGUGAAGUCAGUGCAUCCAUUUAAAAAGGUAAUAUUAAAAGUGGAUUGUGUAUUUCUCAAACACACAAAUGAUUACAUAAAUUUACCAAAUAAUUUGUUGUUUUUCGAAGUGAAAUGUAAUUUUGUUUUCAAACACAUUUUCUCACCCCUGUAUUUAAGUUAAA